AUGGAGGAUAAGGUACACUACACACUCAAGAUCAUAAACGAAGAUGGAGACACUUUUGCAAAAAGGGCGGAGAUGUAUUACCGUAAAAGGCCAGAGAUUGUCAACUUCGUGGAGGAAGCCUUUCGAUCUUACCGCGCUUUAGCUGAACGCUACGAUCAUCUCUCCACUGAGCUUCAAAGUGCCAACCACAUGAUCGCUACUGCUUUCCCUGAACAUGUUCAGUUUCCUCUUGCUGAUGAUGACGACGACGACGAUGAUGAUGUUGAUGGUGAUGACAAACCACCUAAGCAUCUUCAUCUUAUUCCCACUGGAACUAAUAUCCCUGAGAUUCCCAAGAAAGAGUUCAAGAGCCAAUCUCUCAUGAUGUUAUCGAGAAAGGAGACUGGUGAUACUAAAACUUUGACGAUAUCCUCUUCUGUAUUGGCAAGUUCUGGAUUGAGUAAAGAAGAGGCAAUGGAGGAGAUUGAUAAGAUCCAUAAAGGGAUCUUGGUGCUGCAGACAGAGAAGGAGUUUGUGAGGAGCUCUUAUGAGCAGUCUUAUGAUAGGUAUUGGAGUUUGGAGAAUGAGGUUGUGGAAAUGCACAAGAGAGUUUGUAGUUUACAAGAUGAGUUUGGUGUUGGUGCUGAGAUCGAAGAUGGUGAAGCUAGGACGCUUGUGGCGAGCGCGGCUCUUAGCUCCUGUAAAGAGACCAUUGCUAAGCUUGAGGAGACGCAGAAGCGAUUCGCUCAAGAUGCAGAGAUUGAGAAGGAAAGGAUUGAUACUGCUACAGAGAAGUUUGAAGCACUGAGGAACAAGUUUGAGAUUAAGGUAGAAAAAGAAGAAGAAGAAGACAAGAAAGCUUUGUCUGGUCAAGAAUCGAGUCAUGAUGAAUCUGCGAAUGAUGAUUUGAAUGAGAAGCUGAGUAAUGUGGAGUUUGCAGAGAAGAUAGAUGAGCUUGUGGAGAAAGUGGUUUCUUUGGAGACAACAGCUUCGUCUCAUACAGCAUUGGUGAAGACAUUAAGGUCAGAGACUGAUGGGUUACAUGAACAUAUCCGUGGCGUUGAGGAAGACAAGGCAUGUCUUGUUUCAGACUCCAUAGAUAUGAAGAAACGAAUCACGGCGCUUGAAGAUGAGCUGAGCAAACAAGUCAAAAUGGAUGAAGAUGAGACAGAGGUAAAGGGUUCAGAGGAAAUCAAAGAGGCCAUUGUAGUGAAACAUAGUAGAGAUCAAUCAGAGACACAAGACUCUUGUGGUGGUUCAUCAGAAACAGAGAGCACAUGUUUCGGCACAGAGGCGGAAGAUGAAGAAGGGAGAAACUGGAGGCAGUUGUUACCUGCAGAUGGCAUGGAGGAUAGAGAGAAGGUUCUACUGGACGAAUACACAUCAGUGCUAAGAGACUACAGAGAAGUGAAGAGAAAGUUGAGUGAAGUUGAGAAGAAGAACCGUGACGGCUUCUUUGAGCUGGCAUUGCAGCUGACAGAGCUCAAGAAUGCUGUUUCUUGCGAAGACGUGGAGUUCCAUUUGUCACGCCAGAAACCAGUAGAAAGAAACCGGUCUGAAAGUGUGAGCGUUUCUCAUAGCUCUAGCUCUUCAAUAUCCAUGGCACCACAUCAGCAAGGAGAAGAAGACUUGAAGAGAACAAAGGAAGACGAGGUUAAGGUGAAAUCUGCAGAUACUCAUGACACCUUAAGAAAGAAGAUCCCAACUGUGGAAGAGAAGGUGCGUGGAGAUAUUGACGCGGUGCUGGAGGAGAACAUCGAGUUCUGGUUGAGAUUCAGCACAUCUGUUCACCAGAUAAAGAAGUACCAGACAGCUGUUCAAGACCUGAAAGCAGAGCUGUCGAAACUGAGAGAUAGUAACGGUGCGGUUGCAUCAGAGGCAAAGCCAAUAUACAGACACCUUAGAGAGAUUCGAACAGAGCUGCAGUUAUGGCUAGAGAACAGUGCGAUUCUGAGAGACGAACUCGAGGGAAGGUACGCAACACUUUGCAACAUCAAAGACGAAGUUUCAAGGGUCACGUCUCAAUCGAGUGGGACUAAAGUAAGCGAUGCAGAGAUGAGCGGUUACCAGGCUGCGAAGUUCCAUGGGGAGUUACUCAACAUGAAACAGGAGAACAAAAGGGUCUUCAACGAACUUCAAGCAGGGCUUGAGGGUGCAAGAGCUCUGAGAACUGACGUGGAGAGAGUUGUAUGCAAACUAGAAGAGGAUCUCGGGAUCUUGAACGCGACGACGGCGGCUACGAGGACUGUGAGCAAGAGCUCGGCAUCAUCAUCGCCUCGGAAGCCUAGGAUUCCACUAAGGUCGUUCUUGUUUGGUGUCAAGCUGAAGAAGUAUAAACAACCGAAGCAAAACUCAUCAAUCUUCGCUUGUGUCAGUCCAGCUCCAGCUCUGCAGAAACAGUGUAGCUACAUUGUCCCACCACCUGUAAAGCGACCUGAGUUUUAA